GGCUGGGGGCCGGUGCCAGUCAGACUGACAGCUAGACGCCCUGUCCAGCGACACACGCAACAGGAGCCAUGCAGCAAGCAGCCAGGGCGCAGGGGGACCGUCCGGACAGGAGCCUGGAGAAGGGGUUCCUGCUGCUGCCGGAGCCCGAGCCCAAAUACGUGGAGAUACCGAUGUCACCCAGGAGGAGGACAGAGGACAGUCCCCACGGGGUCACAGUGACACUGACUGGAGUUACUUUAGGGAAGAAGGAGGACAUGGAGAGGGACAGACUGAGUGCAUGUGACUGGAAGAAUAGGGUAAAGGAGAUCAGCUGGCCAAGAGGGGAGACCCCUGGAGAUCACACGGGGCCACCAGGAAGCCUAUCAGAUGCCCCUGGCUACCACCCAAAUAUGGGGGGCAAAGGGGAGGAAAUGUCAGAGGGCACCUCGUCCCCCUUGUCCUCCCGCAGCCCCGUUGACAGUGACCCCCAGGCUGCCGCACCGCGCCACACCUGCUGCGCCAACGACGAGGCGCACUACAUUACCACCCACGAGAUCCAGCUGUGCGAGGCCGACCAGGAACCUGACUACCCGGAGUUUGGCUUGGCCCCCUCCACGUGGAGCGAGCCGGCGGACAGCGCCCCCUGCGCCUUCCUGGAGUACGCGUCGUUUGACAGCCAGGGGGGGACACCGACUGACAGCUACUACUUGAGCACCGCCAGCGACCCCCAGCCCACAGACAGCCUUGCCAGCACCGAGUUGGGCAGCACCUCCUCGGAGAGCGAGCCCUCGCCGCCCAGCACCCCCACACACCAGCCGGCCAGCCCGGACAGCUCCAAAGCCGGGCUCCCCGGGGGACACAUCCUCCUAUCAAUCACCACCGCAUCAAAGGCUAUAAAGGAGCCCGGGACACUCAGCGCCGCCACCGCCGACCAGCAUGACAUAGACAUGAGCAGCUUCUGUGUGUCCAGAGCCACCGAGAGCAAGGCAGCCUUCCGCCAGCAGCAUCACGGCUACCCCAGGGCGGCGGACAAUGCGCACCGGCUGGUGGCCAUCCCUGCACGGCUACAAGCCCGCAGCGGGGUCCAUGCCGACAUCUCGAGCGGAGCCUCCAGCGCGGUCAGCGAGUUGGACGACGCGGACAAGGAGGUUCGCAACCUUACCUCCAGAGCCUUCCGCAGCCUCGCCUACCCCUACUUCGAGGCUAUUAACUUCAGCUCCAGCGAGUCUACAACCUCUCUAUCCGACCAGAACAUCAACAGCUGGUCCUCCUACCUGGACUGGAAGGGCAGCGCCUUCCUCUCCCAAAAGGCAGAGCAGAACCUCCACAAGCAGAGCUCAUCCUCCUCCAUCUCCUCCAAGCUCGGGCUGCACAAGCUGACCCCCGGCAAGGAACAGGUGUAUGUCCAAGCCAACAAGUCUCAGACCAAGGCUUUCGAGCUGGUGGUCAGCGAGCUAGCCCCCAAGGGCACCCAACUAAAAAAUGCCUCCAAGCGCAUCCAGUCCGGAUCCAGGAUCGUCACUUUAACAGAGACAUUGAACUUCAGCAGCAGCAACGUGAAAGCCACCGAAGCCCCCGGGGGAUCCAGCAAGCCCCCAGACCUUGUGCCGGAUGGGGUUACAGAGAGCCUGCCCUCCGUGCAGGAGGUCAACAAGCAGAGCAGCGCAGCCGAAGCCAUGGAAGGAGCUCACAAGUCCAAGUUCGCCUCCAGCCUCCUAAAAAAUGUAAUCUCCAAGAAAAUGCAGCGGGAGCAGGAGUUCAAGAUGGAGAGAGGAGAGCUGGUGGACACGUCCCAGAAAAACCAGGGCAACGUGUCCAAGGAGGCGGAUGGAACUUCCAAGGACAGAGGAUUCCAAAGGCAGAACUCCAGGUUCUCAGAGGCCAGCUCCGAUUUCACGUUAGUCAGUAGUGAGGACCCGGGAGAGUUCUUCGACUCCAAAGCAGCCACUCCGAAGGACUUCGCGCCAGUCGAGAGUCACCCGGCCAGCAAGCCGGCACCCUUGGAGUCCCAGGGCGAGGAGAUUAUAGCAGAUGGGAAGAAGAGCUCCACGGACGCAAUGAAAGGCAACUUUUUGCGCAGCCAGAACAGCGCGUUCAGGUCAUGGAAGGAGAAGGAGCUGGAGAAAAUAGAAAAGAAAAUCGAGGAGAAGGUGGCCAAGGCGAGAAGGAUCAAGAUACCGUUGGAAAGAGAUUGGAGGGCAGAAUUGGGCGAACUCUCUCCCAAUAAAUCCACAAAAAUGUCGCGCUUGUUUGUGCCGGGUCCCCAAAACAACUCCAAAGAGAAGCCCACUGAGAAGCAGGCCACCAAAUACUCCGUGUCCACCUAUGCCCACCAGACCUGCUACAGUCGCAACGAAGUGGACUUUAAAACUGAAAAACUACAUAUACUCCAAGCAACUGCCAGCAGCAGGAUUACCCCCGCCUUCACCCCCAAACCCCAGGAGAUCAAGCUAAGCCUGGGACUGUCAGGGGUGACCAAAGACAGCCCUUUCAAUAUAGCUAAACUCUUAACUCCCAAUCUGGCCUCCAGUGCAGCCAGUCUCUCCAAGGCAGCAGAAGAGCUGAGGAGCCAGCUGCCAUCUAGGUCUGAGGUCCUGGAGAAAAUGCCACAGUUUCUGGUGAGGGACGUCAGGGAGACCAAGCCGAAAGUGCAAGGACCCAUCCAUCAGGUGAGGGACGUGAGGAAGCUGCUGAAGAGCUCCUACCACCAUGACACUGGGGACAAUAGCGACAGGGGCAGCGUGGUAUCCGACCAAAGUGCCACUGAUUCAAAAAACAAGUUGCCUGUGACACCCAAGAGCUCUUCCUCUUUGUCGCCUAUUGUCAUCACCUGCCAGGCGGUGAAGAGCAAGGAGGACGGAGCUGACAAUGAAGGUGACAAGACCCUGUCUUCGGCAGACACAAUCCUGGUACACCGGGCAUCUGGAAGGCUUCCCGUGGCCACCAUAGCGCCAAAUAAAACGGGUCCCCGGAUGCCCGUGGUGAAAAUUGUCUCCAAAGCCAACAAGUGGAAGCAGGAGAAACCUAAAGAACCAGAGGUUAAGCCACCGGAGCCCAAAUCUCCCCAAUCUCAGGCAGCCUUGGAGAAGUUGACUGCUGCGGUGAAGACCAUGGAGCAGCUCUACGUGUAUGAUAGAAAGGAAUGGAAACGCAAAAGUGACCCCCAGCCCCUCAGCGGUAGCCAUGUUCUGUCCCUUAUCUCCAACCAAGAGGCACCUGGGGACGGGAAAUCGGUGGAUACUAAAACUGUGUUCGAAGAACCAAGAAAAGCUCCCGUUCCCCAUAUCUUUAAAGCGCCUCUAGAGCGCAGACACUCCAACCCUGGCGCUGAAAAGAUCUCGGCAAAACCACAUGUGACCGAAAACAAGACGCCACCCAGGACCUUCCAGGUGUCCAAGUUCACGGAAGGGAAGAGCCAAGAGCAGGCAGAGAAGAACAGAACCAUCGGAGGAGGUAACAACCGCAGCGUGUUCACUGUCAGCGCUGCCCCAGUGAAGACCAAGCAGCAGAACCUGGAGAGUGCCCUGAAUAUCAGAAACACCCGGCCACAGCCUCCAACUUCACUGAAAAUCCCGCAAGAGGCGACCAAGAAGCCAUCACAAACGACCUCUCAGCUGCCCUCCCCUGGCAGGAAAGCCAGCGCCGACAUUGAGAACUACCUCACCAUCCCGGUCAAGGUGGCAGGAGAAGACACAAGUGGAAAACCACCUGUAGCCUCCAGUGUUCGAGAACCUCCUGCGAAUACUCGAGAACCAACAACGAAUGUUCGUGACUCAACAGCGCUUUGCAGUCUGCCACCAUUCAGUACCAAAACUCAAGCGGCAAGUCCCAAGAGCCCCAUCAAGGCUCCCAACGACUGGCGUACCAAGGUCAACAAGGAUGCGGUCCAACCCAACAGAGCUUCCUCUGCAGGGUCUGAACCUCAGUCCCCAGAUUAUGUUCCUCCGGCCACCAUCUACCACCACACCAUGCCAGCUAUGCAAAUGACAAUGGCUACUGCCCAAGCGCCAAUCUUUUACUCACCUCAAAUGUCCGCAGCCACCCCUGCUGAACUGUACCCCCAACAGACCCAACGUAAAAUGCUGGUGGACUUAGCCACAGGACAGUAUUACCUUGUGGAUACUCCUGUGCAGCCAGUUAAACGAAGGCUCUUUGACCCCGAGACAGGACAAUAUGUGGAAGUCCCUGUGCCUCCUCCACCAGCUACCCCAGUCCCACUUCACAUGCCACCCUUAGCCCUCAGCCCUGGGGCAUAUGGAGCUGCUUAUAUGUUUUAUCCCGGAUUUCUGCCCACUGCUACAACUGCUGUUCUACCUGCUAACCCCAUACAGACCCAACUCUCAAACCAGGGUGGUGAACACGCCUAUGAAAUACCAGUGAUGGAGGGGGCACAAAAUGCAGAAAUGAACUUACCAGAGGGCCCCUAUUACCUGGCCACUGGCUCUACCCCAGGUUGUCCAACAACAGGGCAACCAAGUAAUAUCAGGAGGGGCUCCCUAGGCUGCACAGAUGGCAAGCAGAUGAUCAGCAUCAUGUCCCAGCCAGGACCUAGGAUUGUUGCUCCACCGUCCUUUGAUGGCACCACCAUGAGGUUUGUUGUUGAGCACAGAUGAAAAUCAGGUAAAUAUAACACACAUCAAGCUCAUUGUAUACAAUCCACCUGCUAAUUCCCCAUUAGUUAUAGCUAGGCAAAAGAAUACAUGCAUCAUGCCUUAUGAUAUAGUUUGCUGUAUUCAUUGUUAUCCCUUCUUGCUACUGACAAAUCUUUGCUGGAAUAGAGCAGAAAUUACUUUGUAUUGCACGUGUUGUUAUGUAAAUAUAACGCUAAGGCAUAGUUAUCAAGGUCCAGUUACAACAACUUGAGGCAAACAUUUUAUAUAUUACAUUUUUUUUUCAUUAUGAUAAGUGUGUGUGUGUGUGGUUAUAUAUAUAAUUUUCCCCCAUAAUAGCACCUGUUUCAGCCUUGAUAAUUUACUCCACGUUUGCUAGUUUUUCCAUUCAAUUUAUACUGUAAUGUAAUUAUGUAAGAAUCGUAACCAUUGGAUGUUUUCCAUAGUAUAGUUCCUGCAAAUCUCAAUAUACAAAUGCUUACAUUUAUUUAAGAAAUAAAUGUUCAAGUUGUUGGUUUGAUUCAUUUUUGUGAAUCAUAAUCAUAUUGAAAUAGUACAUUUUUAACAUGGAUAGCAAUAGAGUAUUUUUGGAGCCAGAUACCACCUGUGCAAAGCUUUAGGAUAUAUUAACUUUAUAGUGAUUUGUGGCAAGCUGACAAUAAAUAGACUCUUUUACUCAUAACUCUUUUACUUUUACUCUACGCUCGAUCAAAUUGGUCCGAUCAUGAUUUACUAGUGGAGCCUCAUUUAAUAAAUAAGACCACAAAGGUAAAAACCCAGAAGGAUUGAUUUAUUUGGGCAUAGAGUAAAAGGAAUUUAAACCAAUAAGUAUUCACUUUGAAUCCCAGACGAUUCUCAUUUUAGAGAAAAAUCCUGUGGUUUGUUCAAUAAAAACAAAUUGUAGUGAGUUGAGAACUAAACUGCUGCCAAAAUAGUUAAUUUAAAGGGAUACGUUUUCCCAGAAUUAUGAUAUUACGUAUAAUAUUAAGACAUAACUUUUAUUAUUCAGUUAAAAUAAAAAACAUCAAUUUUAAAUAUUAAAAACACAAUAGUAAUGAAGACCAUGAAAUUGCAGCUAGAGAGUGUACAAAUAUUUUGCUGUAAAUUGCACAACUAUAAUAGGUAUCAUACUUACUUAUCCGUUUGUAGCCAGCAGUAAACGCAAACUUCCUGAGAUACAAAGUUUAAAAGAAGAGUAACAAUGUCAUAAGACAAUCCACAAAUCAGGUACAAAUAGAGAAGGUGCUAAACAAGUUUUAUCAAUCUAAAUUAUAUGCCUUCAAUUGGCAUCUAAGUAUCUAUGACUUAACGUUAUCUAAAUUCCCUGAACCUGCCUUCAAGGGCAACUGAGCUACCAAGCUUAUAAUUAUAUUUAAUACAUUGUUAAAUUGUACUAGAUGGUGAAGUUACUAAAAUCCUAUAGCUGCAAUCUUAGAGUCUCAAGCUAAAGAGCAACAAUCGAAGAUAAUUCUGUGGCCAAAUAGGGUAAGAACUGAGCAGCAACCUGCUGAAAUGCACACUGGGGCUCAGUUUUAACCCUAUUCAGUUCCUAUUUAGGAUGUUCAUUCCUAUUAUAAUUUAGUAUUUAAAUUUUAUGGUUUUGUUUUUUAAUUUAAAUUACUAAUCAAAGUUAUAUCUUAAUAUUAUACGUAAUAUAGUUCUGGGAAAAUCUGUCCUCUUAUCCAACUGGAGGUUAUUGCUCAUGUGCGUCAAAGCGUUGUACAAAUCAGCAUCCCCUCAUAGACCUGCAUUGAAUCAGUGUAUCUCUAUGGGGAAUGUUCAGCGCCUCCAUACAGAGGAUGGAGACGAGAAAGUAGUGGCCGUCUGAGUGACUGCCAUUAGAGGUGUUAGUAGGCAGCAGUGUAAACACUAUCUUUUCUCUGAAAAGGCAGUGUUUAUAUUGAAAAGCCUGCAGGGACAGACUACAGACAUCAGAACAACUACACUAAGCUGUAGUUGUUCUGGUGACUAUAGUGUCCCUUUAAAAUGGUUAUUUUUGUCAUUGAAAAUAAAGCUUUCUUAGUUUUAAAAAAAACUUUUCUCCUAACUUUUUUAGGUGGCUCCUUGAUUCAAAGCAAAUUUGCUAAGCCCAGUAUUAAGCACCAAAACCAUUGGUGGAUGUUGUCGUUGUUAUGGUGCAGGAGGCUUCAGGUGCCUUACUCAGAAUCUGUGUCAACAGCCGAUUUUUGAGCCGGCAAGCUCAGCCAAUGAUUGCAUCCAAAUUUGAAUGAAAUUUUCAUUGCAGUUAUGGAAGUGUAAAUGGCCAGGUUGUUGGUGCCUGGGGGAAACCAAGUUUAUGUCAAAUAGAUUUUUGUCAUUUCCCCCAGCAGUCGCUAGUGAUGGCUGUUGGUAAAAAGGCAUUGUCUAUGGAGGAUUCUGUGAUCUUGCUUGAUCCUCUAUCUCACAUGCAUGAAGUUUUAGGAACUGAUGAGGACCCACAAGAUAUAAAUAGGGGAAACCACAAAGGACAAAUUCAUGUAUGUAAAACUCCUCUUCCCCUGCACUCAUGGGCCACUACACAGACUACUGUAAAAGUUCAUUUUCACAUAAGACCACAGUUCCCUGAGGAUUCCAGACUGCAUAAAAGUGGUUUGACCAUACAUGGUGCUCUCAGGAUGCUAUCAAUUUAACCCCUUAAGGACCAAACUUCUGCAAUAAAAAGGAAUCAUGACAUGUCAAGCAUGUCAUGUGUCCUUAAGGGGUUAAAACAAAUCUGAGGAUGGCAUCCACAUGCUCUUUGCACCAUAACCACUGCUCUGAGCUGUGUUAGUUAUGGUCCUGUUUGUGUGUUUGUUUUUUAAGAUAACAAAUCUCCAGAAAAUAAAGCAAUAUUGUGUAUUCAGCAGAAAAAAAAACAAUCAGUAAAAUAAAAUAAAAAAAGAAAUACUGGAGUUAAAGGAUCACUAUAGGGUCAGGAACACAAACAUGUUUUCCUAACCCUAUAGUGUUAAAACCACCAUCUAGCCCCCCUUGGCCCCUCAUGCCUCCAUAAAUAUAGCAAAAUCUUACUGUAUUCAAGCCUGAAUCUGUAACUCUGCAUGCUGUUUGUCUCAGAAAAACAAGUACUCUGCUGACAUCAUCAGAAGUGGUAUCCUGAUCCAAUCACAAUGCUUUCCCAUAGGAUUGUCUGAGACUGACAAGGAGGCAGAUCAGGGGCAGAGCCAGCACAAUUCAAACACAGCCAGGGGCGUAUUAGCCGCGAGGCAAACAAGGCAUUUGCCUUGGGCGGCAUUUUUCAGGGGGCGGCAAAAAACGCCGCCCCCCCAAAUGCCCAAGGCAAAUGUCUUGUUAGCCUCGCGGCUAACAGACAUUCUGGGCGCUGGGCGGCAGUGGCUGCAGCGCUGGGCGGGCGGGCGGCGAGGGAGCUCUUCCCCUGAGUGCUCUGCUCAGCUCCCUCGCGCGCCGCCAGCAGAGUGAGGCUGGGAGCCGGGUUGAUGACGUCAUAUUCCGGCUCCCGGCCUCACUCUGCUGGCGGCGCGCGAGGGAGCUGAGCAGAGCAGAGCGCUCAGGGGAAGAGCUCCCUCGCCGGCCGCCCGCCCGCCCUCCCAGCGCUGCAGCCACUGGACCCAAGGGAGAGGAAGAACCCCCCCCCCAGCAUUACCAAAGGUAAGGAGGCUGGGGGGGGUUUAAAUAAAAAAAAUAAAAAAACACUAGUGAGUGUGUGUGUGGAUGUCUGUUAGUGUGUAUGUUAGUGUUAGUGUGUGUAUGUUAGUGUGUGUGUGUGUUAGUGUGUGUAUGUUAGUGUGUCUGUUAGUGUGUGUCUGUUAGUGUUUGUGUGUUAUUGUGUGUAUGUUAGUGUGUGUCUGUUAGUGUUAGUGUGUGUGUCUGUUAGUGUUAGUGUGUCUGUUAAUGUUAGUGUGUGUAUGUUAGUGUUAGUGUGUGUGUGUGUUAGUGUGUGUAUGUUAGUGUGUCUGUUAGUGUGUGUCUGUUAGUGUUUGUGUGUUAGUGUGUGUAUGUUAGUGUGUGUGUGUGUCUGUUAGUGUUAGUGUGUGUGUCUGUUAGUGUUAGUGUGUAUGUUAAUGUUAGUGUGUGUAUGUUAGUGUUAGUGUGUGUGUGUCUGUUAGUGUGUGUGUUUGCCUGUUAGUGUGUGUGUCUGUUAGUGAGUGUGUGUCUGUUAGUGAGUGUGUGUUUCUGUUAGCUAGUGAAUGCGUAUCUGUCAGUGAAUGUGUGUGUGUGUAUUUAGAAGGCGGAGCAGGGGGGAAGGUUGGGUUGCGCGGGUGGGGGUGGCGCGGGGGGGGUGCCUGAGUUUUGUCCUGCCUAGGGCAGCACAAAACCAGGAUACACCACUGAUCACAGCCCUGGCCAAUCAGCAUCUGCUCAUAGAGAUGAAUUGAAUCAAUUAGUCUCUAUGAGGAAAGUUCAGUGUCUGCAUGCAAUGGGAGGAGAUACUGAAUGUUUGGAUGCAUUUUAGGUAGCAAUGACCCAGGAAAGAUCUCUAACAGCUAUCCUAGGAGUGACCAGUGAAGUGAUCACUAGGUUGUAAUUUAAACACUGCAUUUUCUCUGAAAAGACUGUGUUUACAGCAAAAAGCAUGAAGGUAAUGAUCCUACUCACGAGAACAAACUCAAUAAGCUGUAGUUGUUCUGGUGACUAUAGUGUAUCUUUAAUACUCAGUAGCUGACUGUGUUGACAUUAAUUUCUGAAGCUGUGGGGUGAUCUCAGGUUUUGCACUACAGCAGUUUUUUACGAUGUGCAGAAUGAUGUACUGUAACAUGUCAGCAGCAGAAUCUUCUGUCACCUUCUUAAAUUUAGAAUGCUUUUCCUCAAAGCAGGCUUAUCUGUUGGACAUAAAGCAAUUGGCCAUUCUUUGCUUUAAACACGAUAUGCCAUUUAAAACAGGAAAGCUCUUUCUAAGCAGUACUCUUGAAGAAGAACAUCCAAGAAAUUUUGUUCAUUUUCAAGCCAUUGCCAUUCACUUUUCAAAUAUCUUAUUGUAACCCCUCCUUCCCAAAAUAAACAAAACAAAAAUCCUUUGUAUAUUGCCAUAAAUCAAUUGGGAAUAUUGUAACAAAAUUUAUAUGAUGAAAGUAAAUAAAUAUCAAAGGUUUAAAUUUUGAAUGGUAGGUAGGAGAAAUAGACAAAUUUCUAGAUCAGAAAAAUAAAUAUAUAACAAAUUAUACAUUUCAAACAAUGCUAUUAAGCAUUGAAGAGUUUUUUUCCCCACAGAAAAAAAAGUGUACUGUAAGGAUAAUACAAUGUGGAACUAUAUCACAUACAUUUUUUUUGUUUUUGCAUGUCUGUUUAUUUUGAAAAUGUAUUAUUUAAAGGGACACUAUAGUCACAACUACAACUUAUUGCAUUUGCUCUGGUGAGUGUAAUUAUUCUCUAAAAGCUUUUUUGCAGUAAACACUGUGCUUUUAAAGAAAAUGCAGUGUUUACAUUACAACCUGAGGAUACCUCCACUGGUCACCCCUCAGAUAGCUGCUAAAGGUGCUUCCUGAGGCAGUGCUGCACACUGUGCAGCACUGCCAUUCAGUGUCUCCAACCUCUGCAUGGAGACACUCAACUUUCCUCAUAGAUAUGCAGUGAUUCAAUGCAUUUCUAUGAGAAGGUGCUGAUUGGCCAUGGCUGUGUUUGGCUUGUGCUUGCUCUGCCCCUGAUCUGCCUUCUUGACAAGCUCAGCCAAUGCUUUCCCAUCUGGAAGCAUUUUGAUUGGCUGAUUUCUACACUACUGAUGAGAUCAGCCAAGUAGGAAGAUCGGGGCAGAGCCAGCAGAAAAAGACUUGAGUAAAGGUAAGACUUUGCUAUAUUUAAUGGUGCAAGGGAGGGGGGGAGAGGUGAGGUAGAUAGCUGGUGGUUUUAUGGUUUUAACACUAUAAGGGCAAGUCAUGUUUCUGACCCUAUAGUGUUAAUUUAAAUGAGAUUUCUCACCCCAACACGUCUCAUGCUCUUUUUGCUAGAAAAGAUUGGGGAAAGAAAACUAUUUCAAAAAUUUUUUUCUCUCACCAUAGACUCUAUGCCGAAGAAUUGAUUGACAGGGAGAGCAGAAGGGGCCUCCCACAGGCAGUCAUUCUGCUCUCCAACCAUAGCAACCACCGCACAUCCGUGGUGGAGGCUAUAGUAACUCCUUAGCCAUCUCUGUUAGUGCUGGCUAGGGAGUAUAGGAAUGGAGUGACUGGUGUCAUUCCAUUCAGACAUUGGCUUGCUAGAAACAAAGCCAGUAUGUCAACGUCAUGGAGGAGGUUUGCCCUGUUUGGGGAUGCAGCCUCAAGUAGUGCAAAUCAUGCUAUGGCUGCAUAAAUACACUGAAGAAAAUUAUAAACGCAACACUUUUGUUUUUGCCCCCAUUUUUCAUGAGUUGAACUCAAAGAUCUAAGACUUUUUCUAUGUACACAAAAAGCCUACUUCUCUGAAAUAUUGUUCACAAAUCUGUCUAAAUCUGUGUUAGUGAGCACUUCUCCUUUGCCGAGAUAAUCCAUCCAUCUCACAAGUGUGGCAUAUCAAGAUGCUGAUUAGACAGCAUGGUUAUUGCACAGGUGUGCCUUAGGCUUGCCACAAUAAAAGGCCACUCUAAAAUGUGCAGUUUUACUGUAUUGGGGAGGGUCCAGGGAUGAUCCGAAACUAGUCAGUAUCUGGUGUGACCACCAUUUGCCUCAUGCAGUGCAACACAUCUCCUUCGCAUAGAGUUGAUCAGGUUGUUGAUUGUGGCCUGUGGAAUGUUGGUCCGCUCCUCUUCAAUGACUGUGCGAAGUUGCUGGAUGUUGGCAGGACCUGGAACACGCUGUCGUAUAUGCCAAUCUAGAGCAUCCCGAUCAUGCUCAAUGGGUGACAUGUCUGUUGAGUAUGCUGGCCAUGCAAGAACUGGAAUGUUUUCAGCUUCCAGGAUUUGUGUACAGAGCCUUGCAACAUGGGGCCGUGCAUUAUCAUGCUGCAACAUGGGGUGAUGGUCGGGGAUGAAUGGCACAACAAUGGGCUUCAGGAUUUUGCAGGUUAGCUCUGUGCAUUCAAAAUGCCAUCAAUAAAAUGCACCUGUGUUCGUUGUCCAUAAUAUACGCCUGCCCAUACCAUAACCCCACCGCCACCAUGGGCCACUCAAUCCACAACGUUGACAUCAGCAAACCUCUCACUCACACAACACCAUACACACUGUCUGCCAUCUGCCCUGUACAGUGAAAACCGGGAUUCAUCCAUAAAGAGAACACUUCUCCAAAGUGCCAGAUGCCAUCGAAUGUGAGCAUUUGCCCACUCAAGUCGGUUAUGACUACAAACUGCAGUCAGGUCGAGACCCUGAUGAGGGCGACGAGCAUGCAGAUGAGCUUCCCUGAGACGGUUUCUGACAGCUUGUGUAUAAAUUCUUUGGUUAUGCAAACUGAUUGUUGCAGCAUCUGUCCGGGUGGCUGGAUGCUGGAUAUAAAGGUCCUGGGCUGGUGUAGUUACACGUGGUCUCCGUUUGUGAGGCCUGUUGGAUGUACUGCCAAAUUCUCUGAAAUGCCUUUGGAGAUGGCUUAUGGUAGAGAAAUAAACAUGUAAUUCAUGGGCAACAGUUCUGGUGGACAUUCCUGCAGUCAGCAUGCCAAUUGCAUGCUCCCUCAAAACUUGCGACAUCUGUGGCAUUUUGCUGUGUUAUAAAACUGCACAUUUUAGAGUGGCCUUUUAUUAUAGCCAGCCUAUGGCACACCUUUGCAAUACUCAUGCUGUCUAAUCAGCAUCCUGAUAUGCCACACCUCUAAGGUGGAUGGAUUAUCUCGACAAAGGAGAAGUGUUCACUAACACAGAUUUAGACAGAUUUGUUCUAUACACAAACAAUGCUUCAUUAAGCUAAAGUUGUUUUAAUGAGUAUAGUGUCCCUUUAAUUACUGAAUAGUGUAGUGAGCAAAUAAAUUGCUUAAAAAAUGAAUAUAGAAAGGGAAUGCAGGGAAGCAGCACCUUCACAAGUGUCCUCAACUCAAAUAAAGAUGGAAAGAUAUGCAAAACAAGAGGAAAAAUAAAACGGAAUAUAGGGCAGCAUUUUUGAUGCUGGCGAUUAUAAAUACGUAAAUAAAUUAUACAAUCUUCUGGAGCUUGAAAUCAGCUCCAGACAUAUGCGCUAUAAAUCUUAUCCUUUUAUUUAUUUUAAAAAUUAAUGCCCAUAUAUAUUCAUGUCCUCCAUUCUUUCUAUAUUAUCUCUAAAAAAAGUGUUUUGGGGCAACAGGCAACUUGGAAAGAAGUGUCCUUUGGGAAGUCAGCCUAACAAAAUAGAAAGAAUUAUACCUGAAACGGAUUAUGCAGGAGGAAACACAUUUAUCUACUGAAUAAAUUGUGGAUAUUAGUAAGUAGUUGCUUGACAGAUCACGUUCAUUAAUCAAUUUACAGAAUACACAGAUGGUUCUUUAAAUAUUCCCUGUAAGGUGAUAUAUGUAGCUGUCAUACAUUAGAGUGGGACAUAAUAAGGUCAGUGACUCACACAUCGGCUUUAAUUGCAAGGUGACUUACAGGAAAAGAACAAUCAUGACUUGUCUGCUGUUGAUAAGGAAUAACUGACAAUGCUAGAAACAUGUUUGGAACAUGUAAGCAACUGUUACAAAACAUGAUUACAUUAAAUAUCAAAAUGUUACUUCAACAUCCUUGCUAUACCACACAGAGUGGUGCGACAUAAGAGUAUCAUUGGAUGUGCACCCAAUAUGCAAGAACACUAAAGAAUUAGGAAUACAAAUUUUAAUAAAAUAAAGAUUUUUACUUACCUUUUCUCAAUGCCGAGGCUCACUCUCUGUUUACCUCUCCCUCUCCCAUGAGUCAUGGAGGAAGCCUCCUUGAUGAUGUUCCAAUCUAAUACCAUAGGGAAGCUUUAAAUCAGUGCUUUCUUAUGGGGUCUUUACAGUGUCAUGUGAAAGAGUUCUAAUGGUAUUCUAUAGUGUCAGUGCCCCUCUCCAUUGCUCCCCCCUCCCGCGAUGCUGAAGGGGUUAAAAGCCAUUCAAUGACUUACCUGAAUCAAGUGUCAAGCUCUUCCCACGCUCCUCCCCACGCCAAUGUCAGCUGGCGGGGGAGACCCAAUGCAUAUGCGCAGCAAUGGCCACGUUCGCAUUAGGAUUUCCCCAUAGGAAAGCAUUUUUCACAUCUGAUGCUGGAGGUCCUCAUGCAGAGCAUGAGGAUGUCCAGCAUCAGAUAGUAGACCAGAGGUCCAUUUCGAUUCCAGAAGUCCCUCUAGUGGCUGUCUGGAAGACAGCCACUAGAGGAGGAGUUAACUAUUCUCAGAAACUGCAAUAAUUACAACUGUAGGGUUGAGGGACAUGGGACAUUGCACCCAGACCACUUCAAUGAGCUGAAGUGGUCUGGAUGCCUACAGUUUCCCUUUAAGAAAGGCCGCUAUUAGAGGUAGAUUUAAUACGGCAAUGUAAGCAUUGCAGUUUAUAAAAAAAUGGCAAUGUUUUCCAUUGCAGGCUUAAAAGAACUGCACUCAGGUCACUUCACUGAGAUGGAGUUGCCUGGGCCACUUUAGUGGUCCUUUAAUUAUACUCUGCACACUGGCAGCUCUUUCUUACAGGCCUGCUUGUUAACACAGCAAAUGUACAAAUCCCCUAUCUAACCUUCUGUCAGCAGUAAUGCAUGUUCUGUCACAUGAUACUCUUUCCCAAUCCUUACUUGUCAAAAUUUUUUCAGAUCCUUAACUCAAUACUUAGUUGAAGUAAAUUUGGCAGCCUCAAGUAUGUUUGGGUAUUAUGUGGCAAGCGUUGCACACCAGAAUUUGAAUAGUUUGUGCCAUUCAACUGCAGAUACUCUCAAGCUCUGUCAGAUUGGAUGAGGACCAUUGGGGAAGAGCCAUAUUUAGGUCUGUCCUGAGAUGUUCAAGUACAGGUCCUGGUUGGGUCCCUUAAUGACAUUCACAGAGUUUCCUUAACCAUUCUUGCAUUGUCUCAGCUGUGUGCUUAGGGUUAUUGUCCUACUGGAAGGUGAAUCUUUAGCUCAGUCUGAGGCCCUAAAUGCUCUGGAACAGUCUGUCAUUAAGGAUAUCUCUGUAUUUUGCAGUGUUCUGCAUUCCCUUAAAAUCAUGACCAGCCUCUCAGUCCCUGCUGUUGAAAACACCCCCAAAGCAUGACACCACCACCAUGCUUCACUGUUGGGAUGAUAUUGCGCAGAUGAUGAUGGUGCUUAAUUACCUCCUGACAUGACACUUUGAAUUAAGAGCAAUCAUUUCAAUCUUCAUUUCACCAUUUAGAGAAUCCUGUUUCUUGCAGUCUGAGAGUACUCUAUUGGUGUUUUUUUUUUUUUCAAAUGGACUUUUAUGUAUCUUGCAGUAAGGAGAUGCUUCCAUCUGGUUAGUCUGCCAUAAAGUGUUGCAAUGAUGGUUCUCCUUAUGCAAGUUUCUCCCAUAUCUACGCAUAAUCUCUGAAGUUUUCCCUAGAGUGAUCUGCGGGUUCUCGGUCACCACUCUUAUCAAGGCCCUUCUCCCCACGAUUGUUUCAUUUAGCCAGGUUUAGCCAGGUGACGAAUUCUAAGAAGAGUCCUGGUUUAUCCAAACUACUUCCAUUUAAGAAUUAUGGAGGCCAAUGUGUUCUUGGAAAUCUUCAAUGCAUCCCAAAGAAACAUUGUAGUUUUCCCCAGAUCUGUGCCUCAACAUGAUCCUUUAAGUUCUCUCUGCAAAAGUUUUUGGCUUGGUUUUUGCUUUGAUGUGCAUUUACUUCUGUAGACUUUAAAUAGACACGUGUGUGACUUUCCAAGUCAUAUUCAAUCAACUGAAUUUGCCACUGGUAGACUUUUAUCAAAGUCUAGACACAUCUCAAAGAUAGGACACAUCUGAGCAAAAUUCCAAGUAUCAUAGCAAAGGAUCUGAAUAUUACUCGCAAUGUAAUAUUUAAGUUUCUUCUUUUCAAUAAAUUUGCAAAGUUUGCAAGUUUUCAAAAACAGUUUUUUGCUUUGUCAUUAUAGCAUAUUGAUCGUAGAUUGAUGUAAGAAAAAAUAAUAAUUUAAACAAUUGUAGCAUUACAAAUUAAGGGGUCUGAUACUUUCUGAAUGCACUGCAUCUAUGUGCAUAUUUCUAUAAUGUAUUGUUUUUGAAUCGGUGAGUAUAGUGAAUGCAUACUUCUGUGUAAAUGUAUGUAGCGUUACAGAUAAUGUUAGAAGUUGGAUUUGCAUGUCAUGUGCCUAUAGGCACAGCAUUCUAAGGUACACCCUGGCCCCUUCAGAAAAAAGGCAGGUAAAGCGUAUUUAAUGUAUUAACUGGACAUUGCAGGCAUGCAAAAAAAAUAAAAAAUUACAAAUGUAUGUGUAUAUAUUUUGUAUAUUCAGAGCUGGAUUAAGGUUCCCCAAUCUGGCCCAAGGCAAGGUACCAUAUUGGGGCCCCCUCCUAGUACUCUGUGCUCUUUCUGCGAGUGGUGUGUGUGUGAGAGGAAGGUGAGAGCUGUAUGGAGAGAAGCUGAGUGUGUUUGUACUUAAUAUUGGUACAGACUGUGCUCUCUUGAUGAAGUUGACUAUGUCAGGGCAGUGCAUGGACAUCUUUUGAUCUCCAUUUCGACUCAAAGAGGGCCCUCUCAGCCAGAACUUGGGGCCCUACAAGGUAUUGUGGCUUUGUGAAUAUUUUGACUUGUAAUGUAUUGUGUUUGAAUCUGUGAGUAUAGUGAGUAUAGGCAGCUGUGUAAAUGCAUGCAGAGUUAAAGAUAAUGUGAGAAGUCGUUAGGGUAAGGGAGGGUUUUAUUGUUGUAAGGAGUUAAUGUCAAAGUUAGAUUACAUAGGGUGUUUAGUGUUAAAGGACCACUCUAGGCACCCAGACCACUUCAGCUUAAUGAAGUGGUCUGGGUGCCAGGUCCUUCUAGGGUUAACCCAUUUUUUUUAUAAACAUAGCAGUUUCAGAGAAACUGCUAUGUUUAUGAAUGGGUUAAGCCUUCCCCCUAAUCCUCUAGUGGCUGUCUCAUUGACAGCCACUAGAGGCGCUUGCGUGCUUUUCACUGUGAUUUUCACAGUGAGAGCACGCAAGCGUCCAUAGGAAAGCAUUGUAAAUGCUUUCCUAUGCGACGGGCUGAAUGCGCGCGCAACUCUUGCCGCGCGUGCGCAUUCAGCCCAGGAGGAGGAGAAGAGGAGGAUCGGAGGAGGAGAGCUCCCCGCCCAGCGCUGGAAAAAGGUAAGUUUUUAACCCUUUCCCCCUUCCUGAGCCGGGCGGGAGGGGGUCCCUGAGGGUUGGGGCACCAACCGGCUCAGGAAGGGGGAAAGGGUUAAAAACUUACCUUUUUCCAGCGCUGGGCGGGGAGCUCUCCUCUUCCGAUCCUCCUCUUCUCCUCCUCCUGGGCUGAAUGCGCACGCGCGGCAAGAGCUGCGCGCGCAUUCAGCCCGUCGCAUAGGAAAGCAUUUACAAUGCUUUCCUAUGGACGCUUGCGUGCUCUCACUGUGAAAAGGGUUGGGGCACCCUCAGGGCACUAUAGUGCCAGGAAAACAAGUAUGUUUUCCUGGCACUAUAGUGGUCCUUUAAGGGGGCUAAAAGCUUGAGAGGAAUUAAAGUUGUUGUAUAAGGGGUGUUAAGAAUGAUUGAGUUUGCAGUUUCUGUAACUGUUUCUGAUUAUAUGCUAUCAAGCAUAGCAGUCAGACUGGACUCUAGAGGACACUGGCCAAGGCUCCUGGUACUUAUCUCUCCUCAUCAGUCUGCCAGCUCCAAAAAAGAAAUCAAAUUGUAAGUGCUGUAAAUAGGCACCCCCUACAAGACAGGUGCCAGUAGGCAUGUGCCUUCUCUGCCUACUGGGAAAUCAAGUCCUGGGGGUUAGAGAGGGUUUAACAUGAGACAUAUAUUACAUAGCAUGUUCAGUAUUAAGAGGAUUAACAUUAUGAGAGGGAUUGUCGUUGUAGUAUAAAAUGUGUUUAGGAUUACUAGGUUUAGGGUUUGAGUGGAGUUAAAUAUUGUAUAUGUGUACAGGGUAGGCAAAUGUAUUUUUUUAGGUUGAGUGCUUACAUUUGGAUACUAAUGAAAUUUUGAUUUUGGUUUGAUUAGGAUCAAGGAGUGGUUAAAUUUAGGGUUUAUGAAAAAUGAGUGUUUACAGUACAGGCAUUUGAAGUUUAUUUGCAAAGCACUUACUCUGUUAUGAUGGACUGUUGAGCUGUCAGGACUAGUGUAAGGACUCUUGGCAUUUUGCUGCCCCCUCCAAAUCUUCCACUGUGUUACUCCUAACAACCCUUUUGCAUUUUUUACCCCCUUGAGCCUUUUUUGUAUUUCUUAUCCCUCUUUUGAAUGUCUUACCCUUUGUGUCAUUCACCCCCUUAGCUCUUACACCCCUUGUGUGUCUCUUACAACCAACCCCCUUUGUGUAUCUCUUAUUCACCCCUUUUGGUGUCUCUUAUUCUCACCCUGCCUCUUUGUGUGUAUCUUGCUUCCCCCAGGCCCCUUGUGUGUGUCUUACUUCCCCUCCAGCCAUUUUGUGUCUCUUUCUCCCCCCUAGUCCUUUUGUGUGUCACUCCCACCCUCAGCCUCUUUAUGUGACACGUUCUCCCCCAGAUCGUUUGCAUUUUACUUAUUGCCGCCAGUCUCUUUUUUGUGUCACUUUCUCCCUCACAGUCCCUUUGCCCUCCCUCUGCCACCACAGUCACUUCCGUUGCCAUUUCCCUCCCUCCUCCUCCCACAGUCCCUUUGUGGGUCACUUGCGCGAAUCUCCCACAUGACAUGGAGUAACUGUCAGGUCACCCAGUCAUUGAACCCCCGGGCGAUGUGCCCUAAUGUAGCCACCUGUGCCAGCUGGCCCUGUGAGCUGUUAUAUAGUGUGCAUCACUCAAUGCUGUCCCUGCAUCCCCCGCAAGGUAAUUCUUGUCUGAGAAGCUGUUAGUGGGUUGAUUGGAAGUGAUCCCAUCCACUUACUUUCCAGUCUCACAUUCACAUACUGGAGAUGCUGGGACAGCGCUGAGUUUUACAACUUCUAUAACUGUUCCUGCAUCUCUACUAUCAAGCAUAGGAAUCUGAUUAGACUUUAGAGGACACCGACUACGGUUACUUAUCUCUCCCCACCAUAUUAGGGUUUAGGCAUGUAGGUGCUCCUAAUAGUAGAUUGUCAAAGUCCUAGUCCAUCUGGACUUAAUAGUGCCAAAUCUACUUCUAUAAAUAGUACAGUGUUAGAGAGAAACCCAAUCUCUCUGGCACUAACAGUGCCAAGUAUGUUCUGUAGAGUGCCAGGGGAUACUCAGUUCACCUAUCAUUCGUGCCUUUAAAAGAUUUUAAUUAACUCCUUUCACCUAUGUCCUUCAUGGAUAAUUUUCACAUUUCCCUUUAAUAAAAAGUAAUAAAUAAAAAUGGUAACUUGCCAAAUCCCCAGUGUUGUGAUCAUCUUUAAAAUAUAAUUAGUAUCCUUAUGCAAAACUUUAAAAUUGAAUGCAGCUUAAAAUAUUAAUAAUUAAAACAGGGUUAAUAAUUAAAAUGGUAAUUUGGAAGAAAUCUGGUAUUUUUUUAUUUCCUACUUUGUGUGGAAUUAUAACAUAUUCUGGGUUUUUCUUAGCGGGCACCAAAUCACUCCAAAAUAGUACAAUUGGAACUAAUCCUUGAAUCUGACACACAACAUUUUUAGCGUUGCACACUAGGUGCAAAUAAGCAAGAAAGUAGACGUAACUAAAAAAAAACUUACUUCAGCUGCAUGUCUGCUUCCCCUCCCACCCCCCUGCUGUGUUGCCACCGCAUGAUGUUUAGAACAUGCCCUGAAGUUUCUCUAGCAGUGCUAUACACACACAUGCACUGUGCUUAUAGCAUACCCUCAACCUCAGCAUGUUGUGAAGAAGGACACAAGUGUGUAAGCGAAAAAGGGGCGAGACCCGGCAAUAUAAUUGGGUCAGUUGUGGUUGAAUGCACACAAGGCUGACUGCCAAUCAAACAGGCAAGUCCAGUAAUGGCAGACCAAGCAGAGGGUGCUGUUACAGUGAGCUCUGCGUGGUUCUAGUGCCUUGAGUAUAGCUCGAACAUGUUUAAUGAUGCAAUCUCGCUAUGCUUUUUGGGAACAGUUUCUUGGUGACCCAAAAACCAUGACACUACAGAACAAAGUCUGGAGGGCAAGACAAGACACUGAAAUUGGGUCUGUCACGCUGAAAUAAUGACUGUACACUGCACUAAUUCACAUAGUUUAUCCAGCCUUGGUUGCUAAAACUUAUAAGCAAAAAUCAUAAUAUAAAAAGAAUUUGUAACAACCUUUAGCAUAAUCUUUAGAUAACCUUUAGUUAGCUUUUGGGUUGUGCUAAAAGGGAGAAAAUUAUAUUUAAAAAGACUCUGUAGGCACUGUAAUUAUUUCAUCACAUUGAAUUGGUUAUCUCUUGACCUUUGAUGUAUUCCCUUAAUUUUGUGUUAAUAAUGUUUGCGCUGCUUUAAACUGAAUGAUGGUCCCUGGCCACCUACAGUCCAGACAUUAUUGGAGGUAUAGCUAAGGCAGAAGUUACAUGCUUCCAUCUAGCCAUACGGAUUCAUAUCAGCAAUGGGACUCUACAUUCUCAACCAAUCAUGUAGCCUUAGCCACCCCUACUCUUGCUGUGACUCAUACAGCCUCCAUAUACAAUUUCUGGGGGAAAAAAGUCUACAUUUUUUUUGCUUGCCUAAUUGCACAGUUUAAUUUUGAAUUAAUCUCCUGCUCUGUUAAUAACCUGUUAGAUCCUGCAAUAGCUUCAUGUGUUUGAUUAAUGUUCAAUUAACAGAGCUGGAGAAAAGAACGUCUAAAGAAAACACAGUGUGCCUUACUGAUUGAAAAUGUUGCCUUUUUUUUUUUUCAUGGAGGCUGUUUGAUUCACAUCCACAUCAGGUUUGACUAGGGCUGCAUAAACCUAAGCAAAAGUGAUUUAACUCCUAAUUGGCAGAGGAAUUUGGCUGAUGGGGCAUAACACUGCACAACCAGAGUAAUUAGCACUAGUGUGCUGGCGGCUAGUUGCACCACUGCACACAUAACAUUGAUAGCCCAGAACUCUGUAAUGUCAGUUCUGUGCAUAUUUUAUGUCUGUCAUCAAUGCGCCUGCAUGCUGGCGACAGAUAUAAUAAUCUUCUUCCUUGCAUUGUGCUGCCUGGGUCCAAGCAUGAAAUGCUGCCCCCCCCAAACAAAACCAUACCAACCAAAACACGCCCACGUCAAUAUGUUAUGCAGUGUGUGUAUGGAUGCAGUGUGUGCAUGUGUGUGUAUAAUGGAUGCACAGUGUUUGUGUGUAUAGUGGAUGCAGCGUGUGGAUAGUGGAUGUAGUGUGGAUGCAGUGUGUGUGUAGUGGAUGCAGUGUGUGUGUAGUGGAUGCAGUGUGCGUUUCUAAUGGAUGCGGUGUGUGUAUAGUGAAUUUUCACAGAUGGAUCAGCGCUGAAUAAGAUCACAAAGAAAAUAAGUAUAUAUUAUAAGGCAGCACACCUCAAGGUGGAAAGGGGUUCCCUCGUGAUACCCCACUGUUUGCAGUAAAAAAAAAGUUGCGCCUAAUAGAAAUUAGAGUAUACCAGAAUAAUUCAGAUAACAGGAAUAAAAUAUCCAAUAAAACAAAUAAAAUUCAAAUAUAAUGGUAUAAAAGAAAGUAUAAGAGUCUUGAAGGGAACAGCCAAACUGGAUAAAAUCAAAAGUUCUUGGAGGUUGAGUUCUUGUGAUUCCAGAAGUACAUGUAAGACAUAAGAAUUGGUACAGUAUAUAGUGAGAAAUAUAUUCAAUAUUUUAUAGAUUAUAUUCUACUCACAUUUACCAGAGCUAUAUCCAGCUCUGGUGUGUAUAGCGUGAAGUGGAAUGAUCUCCACUUCUGGGAUAUAUGUGGUAGGUGGUUUCUUCAAAUUUUUUCAAUAAUAGCGGUUCCGGACCGGGAAAGUAAAGAAAUGACAAAUAUAGUGCUCACUGUAGAAAUAAAACUUUAAAAUAAUUCACAAUAGAAGAGAUGUACUCACAUUUCUUUGAGCAGGCUUACUGGUCGAUGAGUAGGGCGCUGGUGGUAUAUUCCCCACCUAGGAUUCUUUAGUCCUCAUUUUGAGAUGGUAAAAUCAGAUUGCCAGGUUUGUGUGCAUACUGGAUGCAGAGUGUGGAUAGUGGAUCUAGUGUGUGUGUAGUGGAUGCAGUGUGUGUUUGUAGUGGAUAUGGUGUGUGUAUAGUGAAUGCAGUGUGUGUGUAUAGUGGAUGCAGUGGUGACUAUGUUAGUGAAGUGCAUGCAGUGUUUGUUUGUGGUGAUAAAUACAUUUGUGGGGGUGAGCAGUAUUAAAUUUUUUUUAUUUUAACUUAUUCCCCCCUCCCUGCACUUAUUCCUCCCUCACUGCCUCUUACCUGUGGGCAGGGAGGUGAGAUACAUGAUUCCAUGGUGGUCCAGUGGAGCUGGAGGACAGUGAAGAGGGAGCCCUGAGUGUGAUCUUACAUCCCCAGCAGCAACAAGUACUCUUCUCUCACAAGCUGCAAGAGCAUUACCAUAGGUUGCCAUGUCAAUGCUCCGUGCGGCACACAAUGCAUGCCGGAGUGUUGCCAGAGCAACCCUUGGUAAUGCUAUCACAGUUUGCGAGAGAAGAAUACCUGUUUCUGCUGGGGAUGUAAGAUUACUAUCAGGGCUCCCUCUUUACUGUCCACACCAGCAGGGCCUGGACCUGCACAUAUAUAUAUAUAUAUAUAUAUAUAUAUAUAUACAGCAGUUUUCGCCAUAUAUAUGUGCAAAUAGGCGGCCUGGGGCCCUGCUCCAGAUUUCUUAAAGGUACAGGGGCGGCAAAAUGCUGCCCCUUUCACAGAGCUGCCUGGUGCCAUUGCCCCACUGGGGAAGAUAGCUUUCCCCUCCCUCUCACCCUGUGGGCAUUCCCUUCUGCUUUCCCUGUAAUUAAAAUAUGUUUAUGUGUUUUUUGUGUUUUUUUAUUUUAAAUAUCCCUCCCCUUCCCCUAUCCCCUUAUUGUCGCUGGCUCAGAUUGUGCACGUGCAAUCUGAGGUCCUGAAACAGUCUACUCACAGGUUUCUCUGUGAAGUAGUGGCGGGCUUAACACAAUAUGGCCAUUUGGUGAAACUGAAUCCUCAUAUUUGAUUGCUUAGAUAGGGGAUUUUAGUAGCCUUAUAAAAUGAAAACUGUAUUUUUAUGUGUGCGCUGUUCCUUAAUCUGUAUUAUAACUAGACAGCAAUUAAUUAGAAACAGGCAGGCACACUAGUCAGAUGACAUGAAAAUUUAUUAGCAAAUGCAAACCAGCCAAAUUAGAGUGCUCACUCAAAAGGUCCUAUUUCCCCAAGGAACUAAAAAGUCUAUAGAAAAUACUGAAUGAGGAGUACAAUCAUACUGAUAAAAAAUACUUUAUUAAUUAGGUCCAAUGUAAUAGGUAUCACAAGAUACAAACAAAAAGAGGAAAAGUCUUAAUAAUAAUGACACACUACAAAAAAAUUGCAAAAUGUAUCACAAUUCUCUAUACAAGGGAACCUCCCUUGAUGAAGGCAAUCUCGCUGGAACAUUGGGGGCUUCUUUUUUAUUUUCUCCCUCUUCUCACUACUUCUGUUACAUUUCUUUUUUUUGGUAUGAAUGAUUUGUUGUGUUGCUCUUUCUGUGUAUCUAAUCAAUUUUCUAUCUAGAUUAGCAUUUUUUUCUUUCUGUAGUUAUUUACUAUGUAUAGAGAAUUGUGAUACAUUUUGUACAUUUUUUGUAAUGUGACAUUAUUACUAAGAUUUUUUCCUCUUUUUGUUUGUAUCUUGUGAUACCUAUUCUAUUGGAUCCAAUUAAUAAAGUCUUUUUAUCAGUAUGGUUGUGCUCCUCCUUCAGUAUUUGUUAUGACUAGACAGCACCAUGUCCAUUCAACACAAAUAUAUGUCCCACUUGUUGAAUAACAAAAGCUAGAUAUUUUACUCUGUUCUUUCCAGUAAUGACUGUUUAAACCACUUCAUUAAAAUAAAGUUGUUUUGUUGCUUAGAGUAUCCCUUUAAUUUCCAGGUUUGGUUUGGUUACUAGACAGUACCAUGUCCAUUUAACACAAUAUGUCCAGAUAUUUUAUUCUGUUCUCUCCAGUAAUGACUUAUUUUCUUUCAUCAUGCAGCUAACAUAUCUUCCCUGUUGUUGACCUCUUAAUACUGGACAAGUAUUCCUGAAUGGUUGUAGAGGACGUGGACUUGCAUAAAGUUUGGAGAGUUAGAAAGAUGUCUUCAAAAAUGCUUGGUACCCGCACUUCGAAACACUGUGGACAGGAGAUACAACUGGAUAGAGCCCCUGAAAAAGCACCAGCACAGCUUGUAAAGUUGUGUGAGUUUGGGUUCAUAGAACAUAGCGUAUUUAGAUGACAAUAGAGUUCCAGUGAUGGCUUUAUUUAAAUCCUAUUGGUUUCUGCAUAUUUGGGUUGUGCCUUAUUGCAAGUUCUCAGGAUCUGUAAGAAAUGCUAAUGGAUAUAGGUGCUUCUGCUAUGCAUUUGUGCUUGUAUUGAUUCAUGUGUUAAUCUUUGAAGGCCUGGGGGAAAAGGAGCAGAGCUUUAUCUGUUGGGUGCUUUUCAAAGGAUUUUAUCUCACUUACUGAUUAUAGAAAAGUUUCUCCCAUGGCAUGGAAUGUAUUGGUAUAAAUGUAAGAUAACAUUUCAGAAUGUUCUCAGUAUGUCUCAAUAAGUUGCAUUAGGAACUUUUUAUUUUGAAUGUUCUGUAUACUGCAACUGUAUAAAGUUUAUGGUAUAAGACACACUUCACGAUCUAUGACGUGUAUGAUUUGGGUCAAGUCAAGUUCUUGUAUUCGUACGGGUACCAUACAUGAAUGUAAUAUAUUCCUUUGAAUAGCUGCACAAAGGUUAAACAACUUUAUUUUAAUGAUUAGUGCCUUAUAUUAUUACAGCAAGAACCGUAAUAAUUUGAACAAAUCAGGACUCAGAUGCUGUAUAAUGCAUACUGUGCAAUACAUGUCAAUAAAUAAAAUAGACUUAUUAAUAAGUGAAAUUAUGUUCACUGCUAAAUGUUACAUAUUUUGUUUUUAUUAAUUCCAAAAAUCUUUACCAAAAACCUGCACACCAGGUAACAUGUCUAAUAAUACUCUAAUGUUUAUAGAGUAAAUAUCACUUGUCAGCUUGUCUCCAAAAUAAGAUACCUUAUACUUUACUUUAUCCUAUUUACACCCAGGAGGAUUUUCAAGAUAUCACUUGUACAUGGAAUUAAUUUACAAAUCAAAGAAUGGUCAGGACAGAUUACCAACAGCUUUGGAGCAUAUAUGAUACUUAAGGUCCAUACAUAUUACUGAUUAGAACAGAAAAAUAUGUUGACAAAGUCAGAUAUAAUGGAAUCACUGUUACACUGAUUCAUUCAUCCCAAACCCCAUGACGGAUUUUCUGCAUGUCAACUCAUGCCUUAUGGUUUUUAGCCUGUAGAAACAUUUCCCAAUGAUCUGUCCAACUGCUAAUUUGUCCCUGGAAAAAUAAAAACACAUUUUUUUCUUUAUAUGGAUGAAGCAAUGUAAUUAACUGUUAAUUAAUUGAACGGUGCUACUGUGAGGUAAAAAAUAGCACCUGAGAACACUGUUGGUGCUGAAUACUGCUAAUGUACGUUGGAGCUCUCUAGGUUUGCCGGAGCAGUGUAGCUUAAGUUACUGCUUGGUUUCAAUAGCUGGUGGCCUUUUCUUGGCCCAAAGAGUUCCAGUAGCCAUACACAUUCUUUACAAAAGUUCACAAGUUUACCUCACAGAACUUGGACAAAUAUGGCACUGGCAUUCCUUCUAUACUACUAUAAUUUAAUGCUGGAUAAUUACUCAUCCUCUAAUCUUUCUAGGGAUGGUGCUAUACUGUACAAGUACUACAUUGGAGAUUUACAACAAUAAUUUUGUCCUAGAUGUCCAAUCGCAAUCUAUGAAUGGACAAACAGAGUAAUUAUAAAUCACCUUUGCUUGGGCCCAUUGAGAUAAAAUUAUUUCUGAACACUAACUAGUAAAAACUGAUUGGCUCACACUGACACUCACACAAUCAUGUACACAUACAGACAUUGCUUGUGAAUUGUUUUUGCAAAGAAAUACAUAUAAUACGUUUUUUUUUAACUAUCUGUAAUGUAGUUUUUAGGUAUCCCUGAACAGCAAAAUCUCUGCUUGUAUUUGCUGUUUUCUUAUGCUUAUAUCUUUACCAUUUAUCCUAGGUAUCAAAUAAUUUUCAUGUCAUUUUUUUUCUAAUGCAAAAAAUAAGAACUUGAGGAAGGAAACAAUGAAGGCUACUUAAAGGCUACCAUUUGACAACAGGGUAUCAACUAAACAAUGUAGAGCAUGAUGUGGCAGCCCUGACAACUAGCCCACUUACAACUCCUGAGCCUUAUGGUAAAUCCUCGAGAGUUUCCAAGUGAGUAUGUAAGUGUCUGUGCACUUUAGUGUCAAUUACUUUUAAGCAGCAAUGAUUUAAUUAGGGUUUUGUAACCCGUGGCAAAUGUCUAUCGGUUCAAAACAAGUUACAAGAAAUAAAUACAUUGUGCCUUCAACAACCACUUGACAUCAUAUAAAGUGCAUCAAAAAGUAUUCAGACUCCUUUAUUUUUUAAUUUAUUUAACCUUGCAGUCUUUGCUGCAUUUGUUUUUUUUGGGGUUUUUUUUUUUUACACCAGUCUACACUUAAUACCCAAUAAUGACAAAAGGAAAAAAAAGAUUUUUUGAUACUUUUGCAAAUAUCUUAAUUUGUAAAAAUGAUAAUAUCAUAUUUAGACGUAUUUAGACCCUUAACUCAGUACUUCGCUUAAAUCUUUUAAGUAAGAGGCAACAAGCUUUGUACACUAGCAUUUGGGUAGUUUCUCCCAUUCAUCUAUGCAGAUCCUCUCAAGUUCUGUCAGGCUGAAUUGGGGCCUUGUGUACACAGCCAUUCUCAUGUCUCUCCAGAGACGAUCAUUUGAGUUUAAGUCCAGCUCUUCCUGGGCCACACAUUCAGAGUUAACUUUUAGCCCAGUCUUAAGACCUGAGCACUCUAGAUCAGGUUUUCAUUAGGGAUAUCUCUGUAUUUUGAUGCAUUCAGCUUUCCUUAAGAGUGGUGAAGAGCAAUAUCUUGUUUCCAUCAGAUAUGACAUUUUAAAUUGAGGAAACAAUUUCAAUCUUUAUUUCACCAAACCAAAGAAUCUUUUUUUUUUCUCACAGUCAGAGUCCAUUAGGGGGAUUUCUUGCAAAUAUCAAGCAAAAUUUCAUGUGUCUUGCAGUGAGGAAAUGGCUAGUCUGUCAUAAAGCCAGAUCGGCUUAGUGUUGCAGUGAUGGUUGUCCUUACAGUGAUGGUUUCUCCCAGCUCCACAUAUGAUCUCUGGAACUAACCCAGAGCUCAGAGACAAGAUUGGUCACCUCUCCUACCAAGGCCAUUCUCUUGCAAUAGCUCAGUUUGGCUGGGUCGCCAUCUCUAGGAAGAGUCCUGGCUAUUCCAAACAUUUCUGAAUUAUGGGAAUCUUCCAUGCUGCUAAAAAAUGUUUGUAGUCAUGCCCAGAUUUGUACCUCAACACAAUCUUGUCUCUGAGCUCUGGAGGCAGUUCCUUUGACCUCUUAACUUGGAUUAUGCUCUGAUAUGCAUUUACUGCUGUAAGACCUUAUAUAGACGUGUGUGUGCACCUUUCCAAAUCAUGUCCACUCAACUGAAUUUGCCACAGGUAGGCUCCAAGCUCAGUGUAGAAACAUCUUAAAGAUGAUCUAGAGAAAUGGAGGUCAUCUAAGCUUAAUUUCAAUUGUCAUAGGAAAGGAUCUGAAUAUGAAUAUCACUCUGAUAUUUCAGUCCUUUCUGUUUAUAACAUUUGUAAAGUUUUCAUAAAUCUGUUUUUUACUUUGUCAUUAUUUGGGUAUCGAGUUUAGAUUAAUGUGAAAAAAUAAUUUAAACAAAUGAAGCAUGGGGCUGCAACAUAAAACGUUAAAAAAAUGGAGUCUAAAUACUUUCAACCACUGAAUCAUUAAACCAUUGUCCACUUGGGAAGCAGAAAUAUGACAUACACUUCAUCAAUAUGUCCAAUACAGCCAUAGUAUUUUGUAUUUAUAUUUUUAGCUGCUGGGCAGUACAGCAAGUAAUUUUGAUACUUUGUAUUUUUUUGCAAUAUGAUUAAUAAUAUCUGAAUAUCGGAGCCAUCUACUUUUAUGUAACCGGUGCUAAGGGAUUGUAAUUUGCAAAUUAUAGAUAUCUCUCAGGGUUUAAGACACUUUCUUGGAAUUUACUUUGGUUUUAUGAUGUAGCACAUGAGUUUUGUGGCCAUUUUUUGUGGCUCACAAGAUGUUACUUUUGGGGAAAGUGAUACAGCUACACUUGAUAUAGCUACAUAACUUAGUUAAAGCUGUUUUAAUGCUGCAUUUUGUUUAUAUCACGUGGCCAAUAGUAGUCAUUUUGUGGAAUGGUGUAGAAUGUUGAGAGAUGUCCUUUUGGUUUCAAUGAAUAGUGCUCCUUUAUGAGAAAUUGCGCUAGAAUAACACUUGUAUUUUCCAUAAUAAAUAUGAUCCUAAAUUGCUUGUGAAGCAAUCAUCAGGAACAUUCCUUUGGUAUCUAUGGCUAUUGCUCCAAUUGUAAGUUUUUUUCUUAAAAAAACAAAAAACAGUAGUUUAUAAUCUAUAGACAUAGUACAUUAGACACAUGGGGUUUACGCAAAGCUUCAACUAUCUCCUUUUCUUGUUCUACAUUAUAACUCAGUUUGCUAGAAAUUUAUACCAUGUACAUCUUUUUGUGUACCCUGUGCCCGCUUCCUGUAAAAAUAGGUUAAAUGCAACAGCCUGAUAAUGUUCAUGUUUGUAUGGCUUUUAAAUAAUGUUUGGUUAAUAAGUAAAAAAAAAAUAUGGACUUCACAGUCAGGCAAGUUGUCAAACCAUUCUUGAACUGUUUGCCUACUAUUCACUGGUAUUGCACCAGGGCACUCCUGGCACAAUAACCACUACAGCAGGCUAUAGGGGUUACGCAGCUUGAUGUGUUCCUUUAACGGUAAAUUUAAUAGGUAAGUAUGUACGUCUGUGUUUUGCUAUGUUCUGAGAUGCAAAGAAUCACAUAAAUAUAGAUAAAGUAGGUUUUAUUACGCAGAUCAAUAGUAUUGUUAAAGAAUAUAUUGAUAGUAUUAUUAAAGAAUGUUUAUAAAAGGUAGGGAAGAAUACAUCACUGAUUAAUACGCAACACUUUAGGCUGGGAAGCUCCAGUCAGCCUUGGCCAGGAGUAAAUUAAUUGGGAAAUUUCCUGCACAGCACGGUGCUUACAGGACAGAAGCUUCAUCCUGGUGUAAUUCUUUACAUCCCAGAACAUAAGCAAAACAGUCUGCUAAAUGAAAAUGGAAUUAUUAAUAUUGCGCUAAAUUUUGUGUAGGAAAAAAAAAGUCUAAAAAUCCUUUUAGUAUGGUUUAAUCAGAAAUCCUUUCCCAGUUUCCUUUUUAUUUUAUUCAUUUUGAGUACUCUAGUAGAAGGAUAAGAACUUCCAAUGAGCGUAAAGAGGGUCUGCAUAUAAAAUGUCACCCCUGAUUUAGUAUGUGAUAGUUGACAGAAAGAACACAGACUGAAGGAAGUAAGUGUUAUUUUUUUUCCUACUUGGUAGUACUUCACCCGUCAAUGCCUUUUAGAAUUGUGCAAAAACGCAUUCCAGUUUGUAUGAACAAAUAAAAAUGUAUUUUAAUCUACACCAGAAUGACUGGAUCCAUCUGGGUUUACCUGUGGAGUUUGAUUUAUUGAGCAAGACUCCAUCGAUAAAUCCUGGAUGGAUUGAUUUGUUUGAGCAUAGAUUAAAAGGAAUUUGAUCCUUUUGUAUCAGCUGGAAUGCAUUUGUGUUUAGUGCCUUUAACCCCUCAAGGACACGUCAUGUGUGACAUGUCAUGAUUCCCUUUUAUUCCAGAAGUUUGGUCCUUAAGGGGUUAACCAUUCCUCCAUAUUGAAUGUUUAUUUGCUUUAUCCCUUUAAGGAUGGGGGGCAACUGUACAAGUUCAGAAACAAAACAAAACCUGGAAUUUGAGGUAUAACUGUUCAAAGAUAAUUUAGGGGAGAGGAAGUGGGGCAGAGGGAAGAAAAGAUGAUAUGGUAAUUAAAAACCAAUAAUUGGGAGGAGGGAGGACCUCAUUUAGGGUGGGAGGGAAAAGCAGUUAUGUCUGUUGCCAGCGUGAAUGCUGACGACAGAUGUAAUUUAUGCAAAAAAAUUUACAUUAGGUAGCCAAAAACAGAGUUCUAGGAGCAACUUGCUCCCAUCACACUAUUAUGAAUAUCUCUGGAUACGUACUGUUUCAACUUCAAAAAGCAGAAGUGGUCAUGGUGGUUGUAGUAACCACUUAAAGCUGUGUUGCUGAGGCUGAGGGCGUCUCCUUAGUUCUACCAGGUAUAUCUUUACUUUUACCUCAUGUCCUUUGAAUUUACGUGAGCAGGGAGCUGUUGUUAGGUAUCAAAUAUACAUUUUAAGUGCAAGUACAGAGGAAGAUUAUUUCCUCAUGAAAAUCAGUCACAUCGUGUUCCCUAAUUUAAGCUUUGAUGUGUUUUUGUAGGUUAUUGAAUGCUACUAAAUAAUUGGGUAUUAUAAAUGUCCAAUAACACAACAGUAAAUAAAAUCAUCUACUAAAGUAAGAUAGUAUAUAAAAUAUAGAGAACCUUUCCAGAUUGGUUAUUUUUUUUCUUUUUCAUUCAAAGUUAAUUUAAACUUAAAUUUGAAAUUAACUUUUACAUUUUCACUUUAGUAAAUACUUUUUUUUUUUUUUAAAGCACCCUCUCAAUUGGCUCUUAUAUGGUGUGCUGUAACAUGAGACCUUAGGCAAUGUUUAUUAUAUAUAUAAUGUAACAAAAUAAACUCAAUAAGUUUAAGUCUUAUUAUCUUUAUCUGACACAUGUAUCGUGCAAUCCAAUGGUGCUUGUAUUGUCAACUUGUUUGUUUGGAUUUUCUUUUUAUUAAUUUGCUUUUGUUUAAGGUUUUGCAGCCUUAAUAUUUUAAUCCCUACAAAGAUUGGCAAAUUUUCAUUUAAUAAUGGCUUCCUAUAAAAAAAAAAGAAAAUUCCAUAAAGUUUAGAUCUUUUGGUGUUUCAUGAAAGUAUUAUGUGUUAAAUAAUAUGAAAAUGAUAGACAAGAGUGUUAUUAAGGCCAGCAUUAUAUGUUGUUAAAUACAUAUAUGUGCCUAGGAUCAUAAGUACAGUAAGCAAUUUAUCCCAUAGCACUUUUGUCAUGCUAGUGAGUUAAUUCUCUAAUCACCGAGUUGUGGUGAAUUUAGAAUCAAAAGAACGAGGCACAUGCCUCACAGGAAAACACUUUUUUGGUGGCACCAACCCAGAAUGGCCAAAUUCCUCACAAUUACUGUACGGUAAGGCCUGAGCACACAAGAGACAAGGUGACUUUUAAAUACAAUCGCACUUUUACACUGUCUUUGUGCCCAGUUUUUCUGUAUAAUAAUCUGCUAACGUUAGGCUAAAAUAGCCAAGUUGUAAAAAACAUCAGCAUUUCAUAGUUGGUCUUUCCUAUUCUUGUGAUUAAUUAAAAAUAAAAAAUAAAAAAAAUCCAUUAAUGUACUGGUAAUACAUUGUAGUGUUUUGGUUGUUUUGAAAGACAUGUAUGUUUGUCAGGUAGGUAUGGACUAUGGAAGUAAUAGCCUGUUAAAUCCAGAUUCAUGCAAUGGAAUCUGCUAUCAUGCUCUGGAAGUAGGUUGAAAUUGUCUAUUCGCAAACAGUAAGGCAAGAAUGACACUACGUUAAUCAUGAAAAUAAACUAUUUGGCUGUUAGCAGUGAUACACAAUGAUUUCAUGAUGAAAAAAAUUAUGUUAUUCUAAGAAAGAUUUUUACAUUGUAUAAAAUUGGUAUAAGUGAAAAUGUGUUUUUAAUAAAACAUUUCAAAACAUACAAA